UUUAUCGCUUCUUUUAUAUCUAUAAACGAUUGAAGAACUGUAGCUGAUCAUUGUUGUACGACUUGCCAGGAAAUCUAUCUUGCUUGAGCUAUUUUUUUUAAAAAAAAUUAAAUUUAGCGUGAAAUGGAUAAUGACAAUGAUUUCACCUUUUGCCAGGUGGGAUUGCCUGUUGAUAAAAAUGGACUCGAGGCGGAGAAUCUUGCAUCGGAUAUUGGGGGCAUAAUUAUUAAAGAUGGAUUUUCCAACGGCACUAAUAGUAGUCAGGGUGGUGGUGUUGUGUGGAGAGAUAGCUUGCCUGAUGCUGAUUCCAAGAACGAGAGAACCGUUGGUUCUCUGUCUUUCAAUGUUAUUGAUGCAUCAGCUCGGGGAGAGUCAAGUGGAGUUCCUAGACAAGUGGCAUCUGGAAAUGCUGGAACUUCAGCUAAGAAUUUUGAUGAAAAGAAAGUUUCUGCUAGGAAGCCUGUGGCUCGGAGUAAGGUUCCAUUUGAGAAAGGUUAUAGCCAAAUGGAUUGGCUUAAACUCACUCGAACUCAUCCUGAUCUUGCAGGAUUGACGGGACAGUCCAACAAGAGGCUUAUUUCCAUGGAUGAAGUUAAACAACACCAAACAGAAGGAUCCAUGUGGACUGUUUUAAAAGGUCGUGUCUACAAUUUGUCUCCAUACCUCAAGUUUCAUCCAGGAGGUGUUGAUAUACUGAUGAAGGCAGUAGGAAAAGACUGUACAUCUUUAUUCAACAAAUACCAUGCCUGGGUGAAUGCUGAAUUCUUGCUGGAGAAGUGCCUUGUGGGCACUUUGGAUGUAGGUCAGUGAAGGCAGCUUUUCUUAGCCGUUUUGACGUGAUGAUCUGGUGAAGCAAAGUUAAAUCUGUAAUUUUCCUAUUGAAACUUUGUAAGCUUAUCAUGGCAGUUAUGUCCUAACAUUUUUUGGAUAGGGGCAAUAACACUAUCCCGGUUGGCUGACAGGGUUCCUUGUAUUUGUUACGUACAAGAUUGUCAUCCGCAGCAUAAAUGUAUUAACAUUAUUGAUAUGAUAAAUAAUUAUGUGCACACACUUCUCUGUGAAAUUACUUUCA